AGAGUCUGGUCCCAAUUUGAUUUUGACGGUCAAAUAAGCGCCAUAGCCUAGUGGUUAAAUAUCUUGGUCAUCGUGACAGACUUGUCAUCUCUUUCGUUACAAACCUCAACCCCAGAAUCAAAAUUUCCACCGUUUUUUUGCCGAAUACCAUCAGCAUAAGCUAUUGACGUAUCUUAUCCUUUUUAGGGUUGUGAGAAUAUCAGGUUUCAAGUUCAAGAACUAACAAGGCAUACUUGUGGGCCGGAGAUUCCAAGAUCAUACACCUGCAGGAGUCAUUGAUUAUGCCUAACAACCUUUUUUCGACUUGAAUUAACAUCCUGCGCCACUAAUAAUACUUUGAAGAUGGAGGAGGGAGGAGGUCGGUCAAAGGUCGUGUCGACCACGUAUCAAUCACAGAAGAGAAAGGCGAAAUUGCUCCAGGACCCUAUGGUCACGGUUCAUGGACCCUCCGCGGUUACUUGCAAUCGAUGUGGCUCGUACAUCAAGUUGUCGGAAAAGACGGAGUAUGAAGCCGCUCAUUGGAACGCUCAUCGCAGAUUGUGUAAUCGCAGGAGCGAGGCGGAGGCUACAACUUUGAAAUUACGGUCCCAGAUCCGAACUACACAUCUCUCUAACCAAGAUGUUUCAUCACUGCUUGCUAGUCAGUCCCCGCCACUCACAUCAGAGCAUGCACCUCAAAAUUCGCCCUCGUCUGACCUUAAUACCGGAAGCACGGACGAAACUUCCUUCGGCCACGAAGAUGAGUGUUCGAUGUCUCCGGACCCGCCACGUACAAUAUUACACACUGAACCUAAUGAUGAUGGGUCUACGCCGAGGAUCACGUUCCCUUCCAUUUCCCAAGAACUCUUAGACUUCCCCGGUGAAUAUGUUUCCCGGAGGCCUGGUGUGACUCUACCCUCCCUUGCCGAAUUAGGCCUGGCAUCUUGGAUUCCUCCUCGACCACGGUGAGCGUCCCGGGACGAAGCGUCAGAUCCUUCUGGAAUGCUAUACCCGUUGACACUAUUCAUGGAUUUCCUUUACGUUGGAUGCCUUUCUUUCAUUUUGGUGAGACGACUUGUAACUUCGAACUGUAUUUUACCACACUAGCUAUCAAUCACGCUAACUACGCACCUAUGUACUGAGUUCUUUAUAUUGGAUCCACAAUGGACUCUAGUUCAUAAAUUAAUGACUGAGCU